AUGAGUCCCGAAUAUAGAUUAUUGUUUAAAUUUCAGAAUAAAGAUGUCAUCCCAUUGGCAAAACUUCACAAGAAUCUUGGCGAGGACCACUGGAGCACAAUUCUCCGAGGGAAUGCAAAUUUGGCAAUGCUACGAAAUAUAUUCAAACGGAAAAUGAAAGGAAAACUGAACUAUCGUCAUAUGUCAGCAUUCCUCGUCUCGUCAGAAAACGUUCUGAAAGUUCGCAAUACUGUAGUCAUGGAUGAAGUUGAUAAACUAUCCAAAAGUAUUAUGUCAACUCGACAUAACUUUGAAUUGAGAAAGUUGGCGCCGAAAAGAAAACUAAAUAAUUUGAAAGACUGCUACAUGUUUGAGCACGAAACUAUGAACAUUAUUCGUCGAGUUUUCACAAUUUUCCGUCUCAGACAACAUAUUGGAAGCACAAAUUGCGACACUCCACUCGCUCGAGCUUUCCGUGCCAAGCAAGUGCUGAAAGAUGUGGAUCCACUUUCGAAACGAUAUAUUCAGUUUUCAAUUAUCAAUCAUUUAAGAGGAGCUCUCAUCUGGUGGAUUUUCGCUGCUCUCCGCCAAAUUAUGAUUCCAAUUGAUGUCAAGAUGAAAAAAGUUUACUUGUGGAGAGGAGGAUAUUUGAAACUUUUGAGAAGAGAAAUGAAAGAUUUCAAAGAGCGAUACAAGGUCAAACGAGUGAUUCGAAAGCCGGCGUUCGUUUUGAAUCCUUCUCCUAAUUCGGUAGUUGGCCGACUCAAAUUCGAUAUCGUCGAGAAUAAAUUUCGACCAAUUAUUCGAAGAAAUCCAAUUGAUAAAGUGAAAGAUAAGAUGCAUUGGAAGAAAGUGAACUCGAUGUUGACCUGGUGUCUGGAAAAGGGCGGUGAAACCCGACAGAGUAUCAAUGCCUCAUGUAAAAUUCUCCUCAAAUUUUUGCGAAGAAAUGACACCUUCCCAAAACUGUUUGGUUAUACGGCAGAUGUUUCGAAAUGUUUCUCAGCCGUCAAACAUAGCACACUGACUUCUAUCAUUGAACGACAUCUUCUCGAAAACCUGUGUGACAUCUGGACGGCAUGUGGCAAAGGACGUGAUAAGAAAGGAUUUCAUAAACUGAUUUUCUGUUCAAAUGACUCUGAAGAAGGCGCGUAUCAAUCACUGAAAAAGAAAAUGGAAUCAAAACAUGUGGAAGACCACUCCGUUAUCUACUGUAAUCAAACUUCUCGAAAGUGGCUCCUAGAUCAACUCCGAUCCACCAUCUCAUCUUACUGUUACAAACGUGGCAAGACCACUUUCAAAAUUACAAAAGGAGUUCCACAAGGACAUCCAUUAUCGCCUAAUUUCGCAUUCAUGUAUUUGAAUGAUUUCGAGAAGGAAAAUUGGAGAAAAGUGGAACAUGAUGCAAGGAUUAUUUAUUGUAGAUAUGUGGAUGAUUAUGUUUUUAUGAUGACUGAUAAGGACUUGUUCAAAAAUAUCUCUCAACCCCUAUUCACCGGUAAAAAUCAACAUGGUGUGAAAGCAAAUUAUGAAAAGUGCAAGGAAUCCGACGACAAAUUGAUUUGGUGUGGAGUGAAAAUGGAUUUGAAAAACGCCAAAUUCUACCGACGAAAGCGUUGUUUGGACGGAACAAUCCGAGAUCAUUUGAUUAACUUUGACAAAAACUAA